AUGACUCCUACUUCAGUAUCCCUCCCUAUCCUCCUCAUUGCUGCCCUCUUUUCUCAAGCCUCUUCAGGUCCAUAUGGUGCUGACACCACUGUGUGUUGCUUCAGCUACACUUUACGCAAGCUCCCCCAGAAUCAUGUGAAGGAGUAUUUCUACACCAGCAGCAAGUGUCCACAGCCAGCAGUUGUGUUCGUCACCAGGAAGGACCGGCAGCUCUGUGCUAAUCCUGAUGCCAGGUGGGUGAAAGAAUAUGUGAACUUCCUGGAGCUUCAGUGA